CUAACCUCAGUCCACCUCCGAAUCAGCUAGAAGUUACACGUGUAUGUAAGCAUAAAAAAAAACUAGAAAAAUUGUACGUUAAAGAAAUCAGUCGAUCGUCGGUUUCUGCUCCUCGAAAAACACUUGCCUAAUUUUUCCAAAACAACUUUCUUGUCGUAUCGUACGAAAGAAAAUUUUCCUCAAACCGACAAAAUGCGUGAAAUCGUGCACAUCCAGGCCGGUCAGUGCGGUAACCAGAUCGGCGGUAAAUUCUGGGAAGUGAUAUCCGAUGAGCACUGCAUAGACGCCACUGGCACCUACUAUGGUGACAGUGAUCUGCAGUUGGAGCGCAUCAAUGUCUACUACAACGAGGCUACCGGCGCCAAGUAUGUACCGCGUGCUAUCCUUGUGGACCUGGAGCCCGGCACCAUGGACUCGGUGCGUUCCGGUGCCUUUGGACAGAUUUUCCGGCCAGACAACUUUGUCUUUGGCCAAUCGGGUGCCGGCAACAACUGGGCCAAGGGACAUUAUACAGAGGGAGCCGAGCUGGUUGACUCUGUCCUGGAUGUGGUGAGGAAGGAAUCGGAGGGCUGUGAUUGCCUUCAGGGCUUCCAGCUAACCCAUUCGCUGGGUGGCGGCACUGGCUCUGGCAUGGGCACCUUGUUGAUCUCAAAGAUCCGUGAGGAGUACCCCGACCGCAUCAUGAACACCUUUUCGGUGGUGCCAUCGCCCAAGGUGUCCGAUACCGUGGUAGAGCCCUACAAUGCCACCCUGAGCGUCCAUCAACUGGUGGAGAAUACCGACGAGACGUACUGUAUUGACAAUGAGGCGCUGUAUGACAUCUGCUUCCGUACCUUGAAGCUGACUACACCCACGUAUGGAGAUCUCAACCAUCUGGUCUCUGCCACCAUGUCGGGGGUGACCACUUGCCUGAGGUUUCCCGGCCAGCUUAAUGCCGAUCUGCGGAAGCUGGCUGUGAACAUGGUCCCCUUCCGGCUGCAUUUCUUCAUGCCUGGAUUCGCGCCUCUCACCUCGCGUGGAUCGCAGCAAUACCGCGCUUUGACCGUUCCAGAGCUGACCCAACAGAUGUUCGAUGCCAAGAACAUGAUGGCCGCCUGUGAUCCCCGCCAUGGUCGGUACCUAACGGUCGCCGCCAUUUUCCGUGGACGCAUGUCCAUGAAGGAGGUGGACGAACAGAUGCUUAACAUACAGAACAAGAACAGUAGCUUUUUCGUUGAGUGGAUUCCCAACAAUUGCAAGACGGCCGUGUGCGAUAUCCCGCCACGUGGCCUCAAGAUGUCGGCCACUUUCAUUGGUAACUCGACGGCCAUUCAGGAGCUGUUCAAGCGCGUUUCGGAGCAAUUCACCGCCAUGUUCCGACGCAAGGCCUUCUUGCAUUGGUAUACCGGCGAGGGCAUGGACGAGAUGGAGUUCACUGAGGCCGAGAGCAACAUGAACGAUCUGGUGUCGGAGUACCAGCAAUACCAGGAAGCCACCGCCGAUGAGGAGGGUGAAUUCGACGAGGACGAAGAGGGCGGCGGAGAUGAAUAGGCAUUUUUCCUAAGCCUCACACACGCACUGCACUUAAACCUGCUCCACAAUCCUGCACACACGCCUCUCAAGCAAAACCACAAACUACAACACUGCACUGACCCCGACCCAUCAACGCCACCUAUCACCAGUUUGCGCAGCCUUAAAUCGAGCACACACACACAGUUUUCUACAUUAUUUUGUUGGCAAUGCAAUACAAUGCUCGCUCCUAGGUGAAUAUUACACGAUUAACCAUAUACCAUUUCACUUUUGAUGCUGCACAACUGUUACCAUCUUACCACCAUGUGUAUAAUAAAUGUUUACGUUUUGGAAUCGAACAAUCACUAAA